AGAUACUGUUACCGAGGUCGUGAAUCUUGGUUGUCUUCCAAUAUUUGUCCACCUCAUCUACAAUCACGACUGGAUGGAUAUAUGCGGCAUUUCACGCUCCUGCUGACUUACGAGCUCGCUUUUGGUUUUGGAAGACUGAUCGCGCACUGAGCCUGCACGACGGUGGUAUCGUCGGCCUUGUUGAGGCUUUUCAUGGGAAUGGGGCCUGCUGCAGGACGGGCUUAGAAUAUCAUGGUCGUAGAUGGAUAUGGCAGACAGACAUGCGAAUUAUCGUCGUCAUCGUCGAGAUUGAGGUCCUUGCCUUCGGAGAUGGUGGUGUCAAGAAGGAAAUUCAGGGUCGUAUUGACACCGGCAUCAUUGUUGACUUCUUACCACCAUCAUCGCCACUUGGAUGCACGAUACCGAACUCUACAGCGUUGUACGAGUAAAUUACUUGGUUGUGUGCCAAGCUGCGCAGCAGUGACCUCCACCUUGGUAUUCAGGAUCGCAGGGAAGGUUUUUCUCUGGAGACACCGUCGCCGUUCUCUGGCAUCCAGGGUUCCUGUGUGUGGUCUCUUUCUCCGUGCCGAAAAAGCGCUUAUCACGAUUUUUCUAGGCCUGUACCUGGACAAUCGACGUUUUGGCAGCCAUAUGGUCCAACUUUUGGGCGUGGAAAGGAGAGGAGCCCAUUGCUCGAGUCGAGGAGUAGAGCUUAAUCAACUACUACAUUCUCGCCUUCGAUGUCUGAAAUGAAGUAUGCACUAAAUCAGACCGACAUGCUGUUGCCGCACGAUAGAAGACUUUCGAAUACAGCGGUCGAGUGUGGAGAGCAAGUCGAUUUUAUUCGCCCAUGGCAGACAUCGCUCUAUUCCAACCAAGCUCUGACACAGCAACGACAGCGCGGUUACACA